CUCAAGCCAUAAGAAAUUGAUCAAUCACAGUCAAAUCUGAGGAGAAUAUCAAUGAGGAGAUAAUCAAUUGUUAUUGGUAAUUUUUUUACGGCUUGAGGCUUACUAUACCUAUUGUAGAUUGUAGAUCCGGGUUAACGUGCGUACCUUAUUGUAAUUAGUCAACAAUUAUUACUGUGAAAGCGAACGUUUUUCGGACCCUUUCUUUGGACCAUCUUCAAGAAUACAGUAUUUUUCUCUUCUUUUACCUCUUCCGGAAAAAGGCAUGACAGAUUUCCUAACCUUCACAAGUGGCAUCUUUGUUUAGGAGACGCUAUCAGUGCUAACAGCAUCGCUCUAUCUUUAUUACUUACCGAAAGUUGAACAAGGACAGAACGUAGUGCUAAAAGCAUGCUUCUUGAACCUAGCCUUUAACGCUUAAUAACUCUUUUUACACUAUCAAGCAACAAUUUUUACUUUUCAAAUCUUUGCUUUUAUGCAAAGACAUCGAUUAAAUGCAUUUAUCAAAAUUUAAAUAGAACAGGUGAAACUAAACAUUUACAUCAAAGAUUCUAGUCGCUUAAAAAAUGCCUGUUAUUGUCGAAAAAUCUGCAACUGUGUAUAAUCAAAAGGAUCAUGAAACGUCACAAAGUUCCUUACUUCAGAAUCAUCGAGUACAAAAAGUAGUUGAAUCUCUCAAUCAUGAAGUUUCAGAUAUUAUUCCUACUACAGUCAUAGGAAUUAAAGUAACGAGUAUACAAAAUCCACACAUUAUAAGAGUUUAUGAAAUUAAACAGUAUGCAGACAAACUUGAUAGAAUUCAAAGAAAAUUGUUGAGUUUCAUGAAAACUGAAGAUUUUUUGAAAGAGAAACAUAAUGUAGAAAAUCCUAAAGUUGGUGAUACAGUUCUUAUACAAAGUAGUCAAUGUACGAGUGAGGUGGAGUUACCAUCAUUUGUUUGCCGAGGUUUAAUAACGCACAUUAAAAAAGAAAACGAGAUAUUAUAUUAUAUUCUUUUGGUGGAUCAUGGUACUGGCAUAGAAUUAACUAGGGAUCAAUUUUGUGUGGUGCCAUAUAACUUUAUUCCUGAAGAAUAUUUAACAAAAACUAUCGGUGUGUAUAAUAUUUUGCCAAUUCGCAUGAAAAAGGAUGUUUCAAGUGAUUUCAAUAAUUCAAACUCUGCAGCAAUUGUUGUACCAGAAUGGAGCGAAGAAGCAAUUCAAUAUGCCAAAGAUUUGUUGCAUGGAUCUAAAGUCAUAUACUUUAACCAUUUAAUCACGGAUGAGAAGAAUGGAAGAGAAUAUGGGGAAUUUUAUAUUACCUUUGAUAAUGUUGAUAUCAUACCGUUAAGUGAAGCUUUAACUAUUAAUUAUUAUGCAAUUUACAUGAAAGAAGAUUUAUUACAACUUUUUGAAAACUAUACUCAUUCUAAGGAGAAUAUAAAAGAUCACAUUAUACAUAUAAAGUUUUCACAUAAUAGAAGAAAUAGAAAUAAUGCAAUACAAAUUGUUAAUCAUGCACAAAAAAAUUAUCCCCUUAGAGAAUUAUAUCUAAGUGAGAAAGUUUUGAUACAGAGCACAAUAAACUGUGGGAUUUUAAGUGAUGUUAGAGAUCUUGGAUAUCCUAAAGGAAUACAUGAGGGUUGGAAUGAAUAUAUCAAAUCUUCGAGACCAAGAAAGCUUCAGUCAUAUAUAUGGCCAGCUAUAAAUAAUGGUUUAAAUGUUGUAGCUAUUGGAUCAUCGCAAUGUGGUAAAACUAGUGGAUGUGUAAUGGCUGUUUGUGGUCUAGUAGCUAUGCGUCAAAAUGUAACAAUUUUCUUUAUUUAUAAUAGAGAAUAAUUGAGAAUAUUAGAGUUUAGCAUUCUGAAUUGUCUUAUCAAGUCGCAACAUAAGUGAAAUAUUAAUUUAUAUUAUCAAUAAUAUCCACAUAAUCUUUGAAAUUGAUACAUCACAAUAUUUUAGGAAGUAUCAUAUAGCGCAACUCGUCCACUAGCAUUAAUUCUGUGCUCCUCGUCUCUUGACGUAAUCAGUGUUCACUCAAUGUGCAUGUCAUUCCUGCGUUCUUUUGACAAUAUAAAUGCUGUACCAGCAUUUAAUGGC